AUGCCUCUAUCCGAAGAACUCCAAGAAUAUUUAAGUUCACUUUAUUUCGAUCCCGAGAAACCGGGUGCGUUUAGGGGUCCUCUCCAGUUAUGGCGCCAGGUGAAAAAAGAGAACAAAUACAAAGUGGGUCUGAUCAAAAUAAGGCAAUGGUUACAAAAUCAGGAUGUGUAUUCGAUGAACAAAGCUGUGCGUCGACGCUUUAAGAAAGCGCGAGUCUUCGCGGGUGGAAUAAAAGAUCAAUAUGACGCCGAUUUAAUGGAUGUCGGAUUUCACGCAAAAGAAAACGAAGAUAUUAAAUAUUUAUUGGUGGUCAUUGAUGUGUUUACUCGAUACACCUGGGUAGCUCCACUGAAAAAUAAAUCGAGUGCUAGUGUAUUGAACGCUCUCAAGCGUUGCUUUAGAGAGAUGGGCUUACCGCGCAAAGUCAGAACGGACUCGGGUAAGGAGUUCAUGGCUCGACAAGUCCAAAAGUACUUGACCUCCGUCGGAGUUAAGCAUUUCACGACUCAAGGCGAAUCUAAAAGUAAUUAUGUAGAACGUGUGAUCAGAACUUUGAGAAGUUUAAUGCACAGAUACAUGAAAAAGAAGCGUUCGUUUAAAUACGCUAAACAACUACAGCUGCUAGUGUCCAACUACAAUUGCACACCUCAUCGAUCACUGGGUUUUAAAGCGCCCAAUGACAUUAAUGAAGCAAAUGAAGUCGACCAAAUUAUUUUGCAAUAUUUUAACUUUCCCCUUCGGCGUCAGAAUAAAAAGUCAAGUAAGCAGAAUAAAAAGAAAAAAUCUUCUUUUCGUUUUAAGGUUGGUGAUACUGUCCGCAUAUCACACUUAAAACAUGCCUUUGAACGUGAGUUCAUGGAGAAAUUUACAGGCGAGGUGUUUAAAAUACAUUCCAGGUUCCUGAAACAAAACAUUCCUAUGUAUAAACUACGAGAUUUAAAUGAUGAAGACCUGACGGGUAGCUUUUAUGAACCUGAACUUCAGAAAGUACAGAAACCCGAGAAUGCUCUGUGGGAGGUGGAGAAGGUAUUGCGUAAAAAACGACGAAAUAAAAAGACGUAUGUACUAGUUAAGUGGUUAAAUUUUCCUCGGAGUUUUAAUAGCUGGGUGCCCGAAAGCGACCUCAAGGAAUUAAAUUAG